CCGGCCGGAGGCCGUUAAGUUGCGCAUGGAGACAGCGGGUCCAUGGGAGGAAUGGCGGCUGAUGCGGAUUUCCUCCACCGUUACCGGGCUGUGUCCAACAAGCUGAAGAAGCGUUUUCUCCGCAAGCCAAAUGUGGCAGAAGCAAGCGAGCAGUUUGGUCAGCUGGCCAAAGAGCUGAAGCAAGAGGAGUGCCUGCAGUAUGCAGGCUUCUGUAACCUGGCUGUGGCACGAUGUGAACAGACGCUCUUUAAUGCUCCCGGAGAGGCCCUGGCCCUGACCGAUGCAGCCCGCCUCUUUCUGCAGGCGGAGAAGGAGACACAGAAGCUCCGGUGCCCAGGCUUUGAGGAACACCUGCAGGCCGCAACCAACUGCUACAGCUUCGCCAUAAAGGUCUAUAUUGAGUUGAACCAGCCGGUCAUGGCAGCCAGCCUGUGCUUGGAGUUGGGAAAUGCUUUGAAGGAAAUGAACAAGCCGGGCGAGGCAUCUGUGUACUACCAGCGAGCGGCCGAGCUUCAGUCUCAGGUGCCCAUUGAAUGCCUGCUGUCGCUGGGCAAGGUGGCUUCCUGUAAGAUCAUAACCCGUGAUUAUGAUGGAGCUCUGGCCGUCUUCACUGAGAUGCAGCUGAUGGCUCAGGAGAAGGGACUGCAGCUGCCAGGAACCAAUGCCCCCGUUGGUGCAUUUGUGGAUGUCAUUGCAAGGUGUGAGGUGUCCCGGGUGCUGCUGCUGAUGCUGCUCCAGCCCCCGCCACAGAAGCUGCUGCCCGAGCACGCUCAGACUCUGGAGAAAUAUGACUGGGAAUCAUUCGACAGCCACAGCCAAGUGAACAACCUCCCCGAGAACGUAUUUCUGCUGCUGCAGUCGGUGGUGAUGGCAUGCCAGGAGAAGGACCUGGAAUCACUGAAGGUUCUUCAGGUGGAGCUUUGGCCACUGCUGACCCCGGAACAGAACCACCUGCUGCACCUGGUCCUUCAGGAGAUGGUAGCUCCAUCCGGUCGAGGCAUCUGAUCUCCUCCGCCCUUACUCCGUGUAGACUCAAACACUCGUCCUGUCCCAUUACCAACUGCUGCUCUGGAGCAUUCCUACCCCAGUCCUGGGCUGCAAAAAAACUAUUAUUGUUAAAUGUGGAGGUGACAUUGGUUCCCCUUGGUUCAUGUGAACCUUCUUCACUUCUGUGGUGGAGCUCUCACAUCGUUAAAGAAGUAUCUAGAUAUACACUUCAAUCAUCAAGGCAUAGAAAGCCAUAGAUUGGGCUGGUAUAGGUGGGUACAUGACUGCUAGCAUGAACAUGGUGGGUCUGAGAUUUGUGACUUUCUGGCCACCUGAGUGGAUGUGGAAGGUGUGUGUGCGGUGGAAUUCAGGGGAGAGGAGGGCACCUUGGAGUGGCAACGGACAAAUGUCACUCAGCCACAGGUGAACUGCUGUUGCGUUGCUCCCUGAAGCACAGUGAAGGAGGACAGGGUGAAAGGAAUUGCCCAGUCUGUGAUGGACUGCGCAGCGUUUACCACUUAUAGUAGUCUUCACCUCAUGCACCCACACCCCUUCCCUGUGACUGGCCUUGCCAACGUCACCCUCCCCAGGAGGACAAAUUAAAUAAAGGCUGGUUUUAAUCAUUGGAGAUCAAGGCUCAGGGAGGGAUUGCAGCUCCAGGAAGAAGGAUUAGAAUCUAAUCAAAGGCAGACAUGGGGAUUAAACUCCCCAGGCAGCACACCAGACCUACCAUUCAUUGUGGAGCUGCCAGAGACACGGGAGACAGAGUGGGACUGUUGGUGGACAUCCGGAGCACUGACCGUGAGUUAACUGCCUUUCACACCUCUAAUCAUCUGUGUGUCUGUGGUGUCCACAGCAUUUGAACACCUUUCCAUUCCUAAGGCCACUCACUCCACCCGAUCUACACUUCCCAUUGCCUUGGGAAAGCAGCCGGCAUAAUCAAGGACCCCUCCCAUUCCAGUCUUAGCCUGACAGCACAUACCACCAGGCUCAAGGACAGAUGUUGUAACAAACCUCUCAUACAGAAAAAGAUAAACCUUUGGUCUCCUGGUCUAUCUCGUCAUGGUGCUUGCAUUUUACUGGUCUAUCUGCACUUUCUCUGUAACUACCACACUACACUCUGCUUCGCGUCUCCUUUCUACCACUUUGAUGUACUUGUGUAUGGAAUGAUCUGUGUGGUUGGGAUACAAAAUGGCAGCAUUUCCCUGUGUUCUGGUACGUGUGACAAUAUAAACCAAUACCCAUCUCCCGAUUAGUAUUGGGGGCCCUCCGUGUAAACCACUCCUUUCAACAAUAACUGCCCUUCUUCCUCUGUACCCCCAUCCUCUUCAACCACUUGUGAGCGAGAGGGUCGUUCCCGUUCUUCCUGCCCCAUCCACCAGCCCAAGGCCGGGUGUGUGGUUGCUCCCUCUCCCUUCUUGCGCCUGGGAACUCCUGUCACUUCACAGAAGACGUGUCAAACACCUUGGGUCUGAGCAUCGGGAGCACACAGGAGCCUAGUGUGAACCGUGGAGGGAGCGCACUGCCCACCUCAUCCCUGGCAGAGCCAUAUCGGAGCCCACAGACCGGAAGGGAGGCAAGUCAUCGUCCAUCCGGAAGGGUCUGCCAUUGGAGAGGAUGAUCGGCAUGGAGUCAAUGGCACAGGAACAGGCCCUUCAGAUAAUAUGUCCAUGCUAACCAUUGCCUUCCGAAGGUACAUUUGCUCAUGUUUGGUUCAUAUCCCUCUAAACCAGGGGUUUAUGCCUUCGACCCCUUUAGCAGUCCACUGAAGCCCUUCUCAGAAUAAUGUAUUUAAAUAUAUAAAAUAAAAUACAUAGGAUUACAAAAGAAACCAAUUGUAUUGAAAUAGAGUUAUCAAAUAUUAAGACAAAUUUGUGAUAUGUGGUUCUUUAUUAAUGCAUUAAAUAACAAGACUAUACAUUUAAAUUAUAGGCAAGUUAAAAUUAAAUUUUAUUUUUUAAAGACA